AUGUCGGAACACGAGAAUAAAGAGAAAGAGGACUCUGUCUCAGUAAAUGGGCAGACGAGGAGGGAUUCAAAUGCGGACAACUCUGAUCGUGAAACUGAUACAUUUGAAGAUGCAAAUGAUACCGCUCCGGUCGAACCCCCUAAAAGGCCGUCCAUGGAGAGGACUCGGUCUCUAACAAAGCGACCAUCCUCCUCGAAGAGCAACUCAGAAUCAAUAAAGGACAACGACCAGUCACCUGUACCGUCAGUCCCAGCAAUGGAGUCAAAGGAGGAAACACAGCAAGAUACAGAAGAUGUGAAGCAGCCAAACUCCCCCCUGUUGACUUCACAUCGUGUGUCCAAUUCAUCCCUUGACAAUGUCAACUUGGAUAAUGUUAGUCUAGACGAGGAUAUGAGUCCAAUAAAACCUGUCGCCUCACAAGAAGCCUCCAAGCCCCCUCCUCCUCUACCACCGAAGAAUGCCAAAUCUGCUCUUCAAGGACUCUCCGGUGCUCUACCAUCAGUACCUUGGUCACCUCCACCUGCGGCCCCUCCGUCAAAUACCCUCCCAGCUCCCGCGCCGCCGACAAGAAAGUUGACAAGUCCCUUUUCCUGGCUCUCACGGAAUACUUCACAACAGAAAGAGACUGCCGCUGCUUUACCGUCCCCAGACAGAGAAGCACGAAGAAACACCGCAUCCUCGAUUACAACGAUCAGCAGUAAUCCCGAGAUGAUGUUGAGCAAAUUGGAAGAAGGCGACGAGGGACAUACUACAAGCGCAAAUGGGCGGCCAGCAAGGAAUAGUCUGAGGGACAGGUUCAAGCUGCUACGGAUGAGAGAAGAGGCUGGCAUUACUGCUUUGCCUGAUGACGAUAAAUCUGGUGGUGGAUUUACAGUAGAAGAUACACUUCAUGCCCAAUCCCCGUCCUCCCCACAUCCUCCGAUGAGUCCAAAUCCAGCGAUAGUCAAUCCUGCAUUGGCUCCCGGCACAGCUGCAGGUGUUUCGGCAGGUCCAUCAGCAAUAGCUGAACCUGUUGAUUGGGAUCUGUGGCAGGCAGUUGUAGACGAAGGUCCAACAGCAGUUGCGAGAACGAGCCCCGAAGAGUUGAAUCGAGCGAUUACAACCGGUAUUCCGAACGCCAUUCGUGGAGUAGUAUGGCAAAUUCUGGCCCAGAGUAAAAAUGAGGAGCUUGAGAGUGUAUAUCGAGAUCUCGUCAAUCGAGGGACUGAGAAGGAUAAGGAUCGCAUGAGUGGAUCAAGCGGAGCUACGAGCGUGAAUGGGAAAGAAAAGGAUGAGACAGUAGUGUCAUCAGCUUCCUCGAUACAUUCAGACAAUUCCACCCCAGCCACAACCAUUACGAAUGGGAUGCGGUCGCCAUCCCCACCAAAGGAUCCUGAUGUCCUGGCCAAAGCCCAAGCUGUCACUUUAGCAGUGAAGAAGAAGAAAGCCAAGGACGAUGCGGCAGCCUUGUUAAAGCUGGACAAGGCUAUCAAGCGGGAUCUUGGUGCUCGAACCAGCUUUUCCAAGUUCGCUGCAAGCUCUGGACUCCAGGAAGGUUUGUUUGGGGUAUGUAGGGCAUAUGCUCUCUUCGAUGAGGGUGUAGGAUAUGCUCAAGGCAUGAAUUUCCUUGCCAUGCCUUUGCUUUUCAACAUGCCCGAAGAAGAAGCGUUCUGUUUACUUGUACGAUUGAUGAACCAAUACCACCUUCGAGACUUGUUCAAACAGGAUAUGCCAGGAUUACAUAUGCACCUCUACCAGUUUGAGAGAUUACUGGAAGACUUUGAGCCAGCUCUUUACUGCCAUCUUCAUCGUCGUCAAGUCACGCCACAUCUCUAUGCCACUCAAUGGUUCCUCACACUUUUCGCAUACCGGUUCCCGCUGCAACUCGUUCUCAGAAUUUACGAUCUCAUCCUGAGCGAAGGUCUAGAAGCUAUCAUCAAGUUCGGAAUCGUCCUUAUGCAAAAGAAUGCUGCAACCCUACUUGGCAUGACUGAUAUGGUCGCCUUGACAAAUUUCCUCAAGGACCGACUUUUCGAUGUUUAUAUCGACCAAUCACCUUCCGCGGGCUCCAUUCUUGAGUCUGGCUUCUUUGGCAGUUCCGGCGCAAGUAUUGACAAGGAGGUUUACCGAGCAGAUCAACUCAUUCAGGACGCUUGCGCCGUCAAGAUCACACCCGAGCACCUCAAGACUUAUAAGCUAGAAUGGGAGGAGAAGACCCGUCUGGAAAAGGAGCGUGAAGCCGAGUUGGAAAAUCUGAAGUCAACUAAUCAAUCCCUCCAACAGAAGGUCCGACGACUGGAGGAGCGCGUCGAAGAACACGAUUCUGAACAUGCAGCUCUUGCAACGGACUUGGUCAGGACGAAGGUUGAGAAUGAAGAGCUGAAUGAUGAGAAUGAAUCUCUGAAAGGUCAAGUCCGAGAACUGAGACUGGUGAUCGAGAAGCAGCCCGAGGAGGUUGAAGCCAGGUUACAGAGCGAGAUGGAUCGUUUGAUGAAGAGAAAUCAGGAAGUUCACGAGGAGAACACGAGGUUGGAAGAGGAGAUGGGUGAGAUGGAACAGACGCUUGUGGCUACCAAGAUGCAAUACGCAGAGAUCAACGCCGCUCACGAGACACUCACGAGGAAAUGGACCGAUCUCCGCAAAGCACUUGGCGACUAG